UAGGGUUCUCGAGCUAGGGUUGUAACCAAAUUCCCCAAGUGAGCGAGGCCGCUCCAUCAUCGGGAUCUGACAGAGUGGCCAUGGACUACACCAACGCCAUCCAUAUCAUCCCGGACGCCGCCGGUCCCGAAAGCUGGGCCAACUCUGCGGCGCCUCCUAGCGGGGACUCCGGGAUUUGGGCCACCGAGGACGACUACAGCCAGUGGAACGGCGACCAGGGGCUUAGCGGGGGUUGCUAUGGCGGUGAUAGGAACUCGUCGCAGCCGCAUUCAAGGGCCGGCAGCGAGCAGCCUCCGCCGGGCAAGAAGCCCCGGGGCAGUGGGCCGUCGGGCGGCGGCGACGCGGGGAGCACGAGCAAGUCGCGCGCGAUUGGGAAGAUGUUCUUCAAGACAAAGCUCUGUUGCAAGUUCCGGGCAGGGACGUGCCCCUAUGUGACCAACUGCAACUUCGCUCAUGGGAUGGAGGAGCUGCGCAAGCCGCCGCCCAACUGGCAGGAGAUCGUGGCAGCACACGAGGAGGCGACGGAACAGAGAGAGGAGCACCAGAUCCCGAUCAUGACGUCGUCCAACGUGGUGCCUGGUGACAGCGUGUCUGGCAGAGCGUACAAGGGGCGGCACUGCAAGAAGUUCUACACCGAGGAGGGAUGCCCUUAUGGCGACACAUGCACUUUCUUGCAUGAUGAGCAGUCCAAGGCGCGUGAGAGCGUCGCAAUUAGCCUAUCGCCGUCGGUUGGCGGGGGCAGCUACAACUCUGCUGCAGCUGCCGCCGCUCCAAAUGGACCUACAAUUCUGAAGCCGUCGAAUUGGAAGACGCGGAUUUGUAACAAGUGGGAGAUGACUGGCUACUGCCCCUUCGGUAGCAAGUGCCACUUUGCUCACGGAGCUGCUGAACUCCACAAGUACGGCGGGGGACUUGUCGACAUUGACGGGAGGGAUAUUGCAUCAACUCCGGACUCGAAGCAGGCUGCGGCGUCUUUGAAACUUCCUGUGGAGACUACUGCCGCAUCCACUGCGGUGCCCCCUCAUGCAGACGUGUACCAUUUAGGCAGCCAGUCACAGCGUUCCGCCUUGGCCAGCCAAAGGUCCGGGCAGCUACAGAGGCCAAUCCAGAAAUGGAAAGGCCCCGACAAGAUCAGCAGGAUCUAUGGUGAUUGGAUAGACGAAACUGACUAGGAAGAGGAGCGCCGUCUUGUCUCCUUUACCCAGUUUAGUUCUGGAUGGCAUUUGCAAAAAACUAGUGCUAGAAGAGUCUGCGUGUUGUAAGACUUAAAACAUUAUGUUGCCGCAACUUGUAUUGUGUCUGUUGUAUGCGUGAUUGCAGCGGACUCCCGGGAGAGGUGUAUGGAUUGUAGUGUUCUGGUCUUCUGGAUGUCUGAAAGUUUGAAGUUCAUGUUUCGUUUCUUUUA